UAAUAUCACCCUUCAAAAAUCCAUCACAUUAUCCUCGAACAAUCUCAGUCCUCAAAUUUCCCCAUCCAACGGCCAUAACCUAGCAUAUAUCCCAAACCAUAUCCAUAAAAUUAUAAAACUGAGCUCCGGAGUCUACACUCGCUCAGCCCCGAGCAACGCCCCCACACCCCGGCCCCUAAAAUGGCCUCCCUAGCCCUCAAAACCUUCGUCGGCCUCCACCAAGCCUCGCCGGAUCACCACCACCACCACACCACUUCUCUAACAACAGUUCCCACUGUUAAAUCCACCACCAGCCGGGGACUCCGCGUCGUCGCCGGGAGAUCCAGUCCCAAGGUGGCCGGCCGGAACCUCAGAGUCGCCGUCGUAGGCGGCGGCCCCGCUGGCGGCUCCGCCGCCGAGACGCUAGCUAAAGGUGGGAUAGAGACGUUCCUUUUCGAGCGCAAGCUCGACAACUGCAAGCCCUGUGGCGGCGCCAUACCUCUCUGCAUGGUGGGCGAGUUUGAUUUACCGCUCGACAUUAUUGAUAGGAGGGUCACCAGGAUGAAGAUGAUCUCGCCGUCAAACGUCGCCGUCGAUAUCGGCCAAACCUUGAAGCCCCACGAGUACAUCGGCAUGCUCCGCCGCGAAGUCCUCGACGCCUACCUCCGUGACCGCGCCGCCGCCGCCGGUGCCACUGUCCUCCACGGCCUCUUCCUCAAGAUGGACAUACCCGCCGGCCCCACCGGCCCCUACGUCCUCCACUACACCGGCUACGAUGCGAAGACCGGCGGCGCUGGCAACCGACGGACAUUGGAGGUCGACGCCGUGAUAGGCGCAGACGGCGCGAACUCGCGCGUUGCGAAGUGCAUCGGCGCCGGCGAUUAUGACUACGCCAUCGCAUUCCAGGAACGGAUUCGGAUUCCCGGCGAUAAGAUGAAGUACUACGAGAACCUCGCCGAGAUGUACGUCGGCGACGACGUGUCGCCGGACUUCUACGGGUGGGUUUUCCCGAAGAGCGAUCACGUGGCGGUGGGCACCGGUACGGUGACGCACAAGGGGGACAUAAAGAGAUUUCAGACGGCGACGCGGCGUCGGGCGGCGGAGAAGAUAGAAGGGGGGAGAAUUAUCCGAGUGGAGGCGCACCCAAUACCAGAGCACCCGCGGCCGCGGAGGGUGGCGGGGAGGGUGGCGCUGGUGGGGGACGCGGCGGGGUACGUGACAAAGUGUUCAGGGGAGGGGAUAUAUUUCGCAGCAAAGAGUGGGAGGAUGUGCGCGGAGGCGGUGGUGGAGGGGUCGGAGAGGGGGCGGAGGAUGGUGGUGGAGGGUGAUCUGCGGCGGUACCUGGAGAAGUGGGACAGGACGUACUGGCCGACCUACAAGGUGCUCGACGUAUUGCAGAAAGUGUUUUACAGGUCGAAUCCGGCAAGGGAGGCGUUCGUCGAGAUGUGUGGUGACGAGUAUGUGCAGAAGAUGACUUUCGACAGCUAUUUGUACAAGAAGGUGGUGCCGGGGAAUCCAUUGGAGGACUUGAAGCUGGCAGUUAAUACGAUUGGGAGCUUGGUGAGGGCUAAUGCGCUGAGGAAGGAGAUGGACAAUGUCACUGCCUGAAACCAUGAUUACAUGAAUGAAAAAUGAAUUAAUUGCAGGUUGUGGUUUGGUUAAGUUUUGAUGCGGGGAUAAGUUUUGAUUUAUAAAUCCCACGGGUGUUGAAGAAGGUGCAUAGAGGCGCCUUUCCCUCAGGUUAUUGCCCUUUCGAUAACGUAGGACCUUUUUUUUUUUCCCUUAAUAUGAUACGUGUGUAUGAUGCUGCAAAUUCGCAUUUAGUUUGAUAAAAGAAAAGUUUGUGUUUAAAGGUUCCGUAUUUAAUGUCGGUUAAGUGAAUAAAAUAUUAACUUUUAAUUCACUUGAAA